UCAGAAAUUGAAAAGGGAUAAGAGGAAGGAGAAAAUGCUGGGCUGGUGUGAAGCGAUAGCCCGUAACCCUCGCAGGAUCCCCAACAGCACGCGGACCCCCGAGGGCUCGGAGGAGUGGGCGGACGCCGCGCAAACGUCCACACUGAAUGACAAAUCCCCAGGGCGAUCUGCAAGUCGAUCAAGUAAUAUUUCAAAAGCCAGCAGCCCAACGACAGGGACAGCUCCCAGGAGCCAGUCACGGUUGUCCGUCUGUCCAUCCACUCAGGACAUCUGCAGGAUCUGCCACUGCGAAGGGGAUGAGGAGAGCCCCCUCAUCACGCCCUGUCGCUGCACCGGCACCCUGCGCUUCGUGCACCAGUCCUGCCUCCACCAGUGGAUCAAGAGCUCGGACACGCGCUGCUGCGAGCUGUGCAAGUACGACUUCAUCAUGGAGACCAAGCUGAAGCCACUCCGGAAGUGGGAGAAGCUGCAGAUGACCACGAGCGAGAGGAGGAAGAUAUUCUGCUCUGUCACGUUCCACGUCAUCGCCAUCACCUGCGUGGUCUGGUCUUUGUACGUGCUGAUAGAUCGGACGGCGGAGGAAAUCAAGCAAGGCAACGACAAUGGUGUCCUCGAAUGGCCAUUUUGGACAAAACUGGUUGUGGUGGCCAUUGGCUUCACAGGAGGGCUGGUCUUCAUGUACGUACAGUGCAAAGUCUACGUCCAGCUGUGGCGCAGGCUGAAGGCCUACAACCGCGUCAUCUUUGUGCAGAACUGCCCAGACACGGCCAAGAGGCUGGACAAGAACUCGUGCACCGUGAACACGGACGCCAAGGAGGCCGGGGUCGUGCCUGUGUCACAAACGGGAACCAACUCACUGCCGUCUGCGGAGGGCGGCCCCCCGGAAGUCAUACCGGUGUGACGGGGCCGGCCGGGACCGCGUCCCUGAGAGCUCGGUCUGGCCCUCGGCUACCGCAGUUGACAGCCGUGAUCCUGAGUUCGUCACCCCCCCCUCCUCUCCUCUCUCUGACUCAUUUGUCCUCACUUUGCUCAAAAAGGGAAGGAGAGGAGCCACCAAGUGACCAGGAUCCCACGAAGCAGAGUUACCAAGUGUGAACAGGAAACGUGACAGGUCUGCUGGAAAAUGACUUCUGAGACAGUUCAUCAAGAACCACUAGCACAAGGGUCGCUUUUAGGAAAGGAGGAGACUAAGUGGACAGACCCGAGUCUUCACAGCAGCAGGGGAGAGUUCACGAGUACAGACUAGAACUGCAACGUCUGUUUCUUCUAGGGCCCCGUACUGUUAACUAUCUCAUCUGGGAAUAACAAACACAUUUGGUUUUCAGCUUGAAACUGCAUUAUCCCUGAGGCACAUCAGAAGCAAACUUGGAAGACGUGUAUUUUGAUAUUCAUACUUUUGACAGCUAACAGGUUUUUAUGGCUAUAGUGGAGUCCAGUUGUUUUGACAGAUGCAUGUUUUUAAAAUAGAUGCAAUACACACUUGGAAGAUGUUAGUACUUGGAAUUAUGUUUAAGUCAUCAACAGUAGAUUUUUCAGAGAUUUUUGGGGUUCAGUUAGCUCUGUUAAAUACCCACGGAAGCCCUGCAUUUCACCUAGUCUCUCUAAACCAGUGUUAUCAGACAGAAAUAUUAUGUGACCCACAAAUGCAGGGCCACAUGUGCAAAUUUAAUAUUUUCUAGUAGCCCCACUAGAAGAUUCUAAGUAAAAAUAGGUGAAAUUAAUUUUGAUACUAUAUUUUAUUUAACACUAUAUAUACCCAAGUUAUCCUUUAAUUAUCAAUGUAAAAAUUAUUGAGAUAUUUUAUGUCUUAUUUUAUGAACCAAGUCUUCAAAAUCCAGUAUGUAUUUUGUCCUUACAGCGUAUCUCAACUCAAAUUAACCACACUGGAUGGUGCAGCGCAAAAAUCAGAGACAGAGCCUCUGCUUCGUCUAAUGGUUGACUACUUCAACACGGCAGCUUAAUUCAUCUUAAAUUCAAAAUAUCACAAAUGUUAUGAUUUUACAGAGCAUUAAAUUAAUCAAAUUAACUAUCCUGGUUGACGAGUUAGAUGAAGUUACUGUUUCUCUGAAGAGCGAAAAAACAAAAGGUACAAAGCAAUCGGCAAAGUUCUGAAAUUAACUUAUUUGCUACUAUGAGGCACUUAUGAUAGGGAGAAUAAAAAUUAAAUAUUUUUAAGUCAAACGUACUGUUUUCUAAUCCACAUGAGGCAUGAAAUUGAUGGAUGAGUAGUCAUGACCAAGCAUUCAGACUUCACUUUAAAAAUCCGACAGUAUUUAUUUCCUUUGCUCAGCUGGGAAGCAAAAACAUUCAACAGACUCUGUGAUAAUAAAUUGAGUUGUUUAGGUUUGACAGUUCAGUCGAUUAUUGUAUUCUUUGCAUAUCCAUGUAAAACUGAAGCGUGAGUAAUAUUGCAGUGAGCUGGAUUAACGAUUAUAAAUAUAGUGACCUGUCAAAGAAAGAUGUCUUACAUACAACAAGGUGAUUGACUUUUGUUAGCUGUCCUAUUUGUCAUUGUGAAAAGGCGACCACGAUGGACACAGAACCAAAGCCUGGGUAUCGCACUGCACAAAUCUAGGGAUCACGUCGACGCACUUUGUAACUGAGUGUGCUCGUUCUUCACAGGUAUCAUAGGAAAAAGG